AUUGCCAACUAUCCACGUAGGGUUUCACUACCAUCUUUCUUUUAAGUCCUCUGCAUCUUCCUGCUCAGGCCGUCGAACCGAAACUCUAAAGACCCUUUUGCUUCGCGUGGGUAGGUGGGCGUGGAAAUGACGACAGUUCCAGGGCAACUAGUUUGGGAGAUCGUGAAGAAAAACAACUCAUUUUUGGUGAAGGAGUUCGGUAAUGGUACCGCCGGUGUUGUCUUCAGCAAAGAGCCUAACAAUCUUUACAAUCUUCACUCUUACAAGCAUUCUGGCCUAGCAAACAAGAAGACUGUGACUAUCCAGCCUGGGGGCAAAGAUCAAUCAGUGUUGCUUGCUACAUCAAAGACUAAGCAACAGAACAAGCCUUCAAGUUUGCUGAAUAAAUCUGUAAUGAAGAAGGAGUUCCGAAGCAUGGCCAAGGCUGUAUCAAAUCAGGUAGCGGAUAACUAUUACAGGCCAGAUCUGAAAAGGGCAUCCCUUGCAAGGUUGAGUGCUGUAAACAGGAGUCUCAAGGUUGCGAAAUCUGGUGUCAAGAAGAGGAAUAGGCAGUCCUAGAGUGGCAAGCUUAGGAAAUAUAUGUUGUAUGAACUGCAAUUGUUUUCAUCUUAAUGUCCUUGGGUAUCAGAUGUUUGUUAUUUUAGUUUAUAUUUAGAAUUUCUUGUUGAAGUUGGUAUUUCGAGAUCUUAUGGAUUUUGGGCUAAAAAUAUACGUUCCUUUUGGAAUUUUUAUAAAGAUAGUAACAAUUAUUUAGAAA